UGAUAGAAAUACAYUUAAGCUCACACAAGAAAAAAGUCCUGCUGGGUUAUCCUGCUGAUUUAUUUUUUAUUAUUCGAAUACUGCCAAUUCGGAUUCAUGAUCGUCACUUUCAUGCGACAACAAAAACAUACUCCAGGAAAGCACCCAAAACCAGAACAGAAGGAUAACGACGAAGUAAAUUUAGCCAACAUGUCAUCAAACGAGGAUUCGAAGAAGAGUGGAAGCGAAAAGGUCAGUUUAUUCAAGAAAUUGAUACCAUGUAAGGCACCCCGGAUACUGGUAUGUCGCGCCACGUUGUGGUGUGCACCUCUACUGGAACGCACUGCCUGCACAGUAUUUUUUCAGCGAUCCCGUGGAACUGUCGUAGGAUUUCGCGCAGUCAUUCUGAAAAAUCCAUCAAUCCAUCCAAUACCGGCAUGAGCAGCKAAAGAUGUUAGUCCAGGAAAAUCUCAAAUGAGCGACUGAAACUCCAAAAUUUGGACAAUUAUAUGACCAAACAUAAGGAUCGACAUCUUCGGUUACAAACAAAUGUUUUCUGAUGAAGUGGCGGACGGUGAUGAGUUUCUCGGAGGUUGCGAUGCUAUGAUGCGAUAGUUCGGGAUGAACUUUUCAAGAAAGCAUUUUAUCAAAAAGUUUGCGCUACAUAUAGUGCGAGCGAGCGACGAUCGACACUUUGAGAUGAUGUAAUUGAUGGAUCUGAAUACGACGAUUAUUCAAUGAUAAUAGGUGACUCUUCGCUUUCUUCCCAAAUUUUCAAAUAGCGUAUCGCUCAUUCGACGACUGGUUUUAUUUUUCAAUUAUUCUUAUUUUGCAACGGUACAUGUUUUCACGAAAAGGGAGCUGGAGGCAUCCUUGGAAAGCAGUUCCAAAAGAUGCGUCGUCGUCUGACGGUGACAGGAUCUAAGUUAAACAUCGAUGGGGCUUUCGACYCCUCUGCUUUCACUUCUGGAGAAUUUAGAAUCAAAAAGAAAGAUGAGGUAAGUAUUAUUUGGGUUCUGUUCUAAGUAUGAAUGGUCAGUUGUUGCUUUGCRAAUGUUUGUUUGGAUCUUUUGUGUUCUUCAAGGAGCUGACGUCGAAUGGCCUUUGUUGUUCUCUGCUGUAGGGCAUGAAAGUAAAGACUGCGGUCACAGAAUUUCAUGGCGUUUCGAAGAAGGGCCAUGCCCCCUACAACCCGAGAAAGAAAAACCAAGAUUCAAUGAUWAUGAAAGAAGAGACUAAGACAAAUAGUGUAAUCUUUUGCACCCUGGAUGGGCACGGAGAGCAUGGUGAUCACGUCUCUGCUUGGUUUCGGGAUAAACUAGUGAAAGAGAUGUCAAGCCAUCCUUCUUGGGCAAAUGAUAUGAACGUUGCGGUUGCAGAUAGUAUUGCGAAGGUAGAGAAAGACUUACUGAAAAACUACAGGAUCGACGCAGAAUUUAGUGGWACGACCCUCUCGAUGGCCAUCGUUCGAGACAACCAUCUCACGGGUGUCAACAUCGGUGAUUCGAGAGUCAUCCUUGGAAAAGAAACAAAUGGAAAAAUUGUUCCAGUUGAAAUUACGCAUGAUCACAAACCCGACACUCCAAAAGAAAAGGAACGGAUUCUUGCCAGUGGUGGUCGUGUCUUUGCUGUGGAAUACGAUGACGGAAUUGAUGGACCGCCGCGUGUUUGGCUGGGCCACAUGGAUGUACCGGGGCUUGCUAUGUCCAGGUAAGUGUCUUUUAUUUCAAUUUUUGCUGCCGCGAUGACUGCCGAUUUUUUUGAAUUAUAACUCUAAAGGGAAUAUUUGUUUCUUUUCCGAUGAAUAGGUCGCUCGGCGAUGUCGUUGCGCACAGUGCGGGAGUCAUUUCAGAGCCAGAAUUCACGGAAUUUGAUCUGGACCCCGAGGCCGACAAAUUCCUCGUGAUUGCCACGGAUGGUCUCUGGGAAUUUAUCACGAACGAGGAAACCGUUGACUAUGUUGUUGGCCAAUCCGGACCCGCAGCGGCUGUAGAUACCCUAGUAACAGAAGCAGGAACGCGGUGGAUGGCAGAGGAACAAGUCAUCGACGACACGACGGUUAUUGUUGCAAAUUUAUUUGGAUGGAAACCAUCAUCGGCUUAAUAAAAUCGAUUUCUUGCUCUCGUAAUAAAUAGUGUAAGAAACC